AUGGAAAAAAGGAUUGAAAUAAGAUAUAUGAUACGGAAAGGGAAUGAUAAGUUGGAAGCAAUGAACCAAGAUAUGCAUGAAACAAUACAUUUUAGACAACAUAUUUUGAAUGUUUUGGUGCUUUCAAAGAGCUUCGGAAUAAACCGUGACAUAAACUCUAAGAAACAAAAGCCAUGCCUAAAUAUAAUAAACGAUAUUAUGUCUCAGUGUCUAUCGCGCAGACAAAAGAAAAGUGAUCGUUCAACGUAUCCCGAUAGCCGAAUCACGUGA